AUGGUUGUACGGAGUCCACUUUGGAUCUGGCAUCUUGGGAUGGCUCCCUGUCGGCAUUUUACAGCAUUGUCCUUGGUUUUUUUUGUUUCUUUUUCCUUUGUCAAAGACUUCUGCAUCCCGCCGAGGAGGAUGGUCCUCAACCAAACACACAUAUACCAACAAACAAACGACAACAACAUCACCAUCACCGCUUGUCUGUCUCCACAGAUUUCAGACGCGGGAGCAUUUCAGUAUGACGUCUCGGUCUGUCUGCUCUUCUGUCGGAAUCUCCACAUAUUUUCGGAGUAUUAUUUCUCGGACCAUCCCUCCAUCGGCGGACCCUUUUUCCUUUGUGCUCAACUCGGUCCAUUGACCAUCUUCACCUGA